AUGACGAACGCGCAGUCAAAAGUCUCUCUCUCGACCUACAAGAGCCUCGUCCCCGCAAAAUAUGUGAACCGCAUCACGGUCGAGCUCCAACGGACGUUCCUCGUCGUCCUCUCCCUCCUAAAGACCCACCGUCGAAAGGCAUUCCUCCUCUCCCUGGGACCCUCGACCAUCCUCAAGUUUAUCACCGUCAUUCUCCCCAUCAUCAAGCUCUUACCCCCUACGAUCAAGGCGAUUCGGACACUCGGCUAUUUCACAUCCUCGGGCAGCAACAGCAACAGCAGUAAUUCCAACAGAGCAAACGCAUUGGCCAAUCGGGAAGCCAACGCAGCUACGGCGGCGAACGGGGUCGGGAUGAGCAUGGAUGAGCUAAACGAGAUCUUAUGGACGCCGGCCGAGGAUAUGUAUUGGGAGCGGGUCAAUGCUAUGGUUACCCGGUUUGGACUCUGCAAGACGCUGGGGAUCACCCUUGCGGGCGUUCGGCCUGGACGGGUGGAGGUCAUCAUGCCCUUCAGAACUGAGGUCUCUGGCGAAGGAGGCGCCUUUCACGCGAGUUUGCUGCCAACAUUGAUUGCAAUGACAAGCCAGCUGACAGGAAUGACGCUGUUGCCCCGACACUUUACACUCAAGCCCAUCGACUUCAAGUGCAACAUCCUCUCAGACUGUGACGCCACAACCUACCUCCUCGUCUCCCGCGGUGCGGUCGUUGUCCGAGGCGAUCACAGUAUCACGGUCAAGGUCGAGAUCUUGAAGGCGAGCGGACUUGUCCCUGGUUCGACCGAGGUCGUCUCUUCCUCGCCCGAUUCCUCUUCAUUGCUCUCUUGGAAAGGCUGGUUCGGUUCGUCCACAACUUCAGGAUCGAGGAAUGCAGGAGGAAACGCCUCGGACGCCGCUGCAAGUCUGUUGGUGCCAGGAACAGGAAUUGAACGCAGCAAAUUUGUAGUGUGCGCCUCAGGGAUGCAGACCAGCGUUGUAGUCCGCGCAGGAACGGAUCCCGAUGAUGAGGAGGAGAAGGAGAUGACUCGAUUGAGAAAGGAACGCGAGGAGCGGUUGAAGCGGUCGCCGUCGUCACCUUCGUCGUCGAGCUUGAUUGGCGAUCCUUCUGCAGAGGAUUCGAUUAUCUUGGGCGACAGCUUCCAACCAUUGACCAGUUCAACAUUAGUCAAGCCUGUUUUGUCUUCGUCGCAACCCACCUCACCAACUCAGAGCAAGGAAAAAUCGGUGUCAUUCACAGAGGCAGCCUCCACUUUCUCGACAGCGAGUACAAGCACUGGCACAGCAACCAUCAAGUCGAGCACAACCACAGGAACACCUAUAUCGUACGCAGCAGCAGUCAGCCAAACGCUACAUCACCAACAACAACCAGUCGUCGACCAUCCUUAUGAAGAAACUAGCGACACCGAGGCAUGGCGUGAAUAA